AUGGCUAGCCAAGCCGCGUCGAAGCCAAAGGCUGCCACCAAAACUGCCACGAAAGGCAAGAAAGCUCCCCCAAAGAAGAGACAGCCAGAGCCAGAAUCGGAAUCUGAAACCGAAACCGAUUCCGAUGAUUAUACCUCUGAAGAAUCAGAGGAAGAAGCACCACCUCCACGUCGACAAGCAAAGCAAAAGCAACAGAAACAAGGUGGCGGUGGUGGACCACUCGGUGGCGUCGGUGAUAUGGUUCCUCUAGGACAAGCAACCGAUACCGUCGGUGGCGUUGCCGGUCAAGCUGGAAACACGCUCGGCAAUGUAGCCGGUGGUGUACUCGGUGGUGGUGAAAAGAAGGGAGACGACAAGGAGGAUACACUUAGAUUAAGGCUAGAUUUGAAUCUCGAGGUAGAGAUUACGCUGAAAGCGAAGAUUCAUGGUGACCUAGAGUUGGCACUAUUGAACUAA